AACCAUCUGGAAAGUUAUCGACUCAACUUAUCAUCAUUCUUCAUUCACUAUUCUUCUAAAAUAUCUAAAACUAUCUUCAUCAAGACUUCACCAUAAACUUAUUCCAAAUGACAACCGUAGUCAUCUUCAAGGCUACCUAUUUAGGGGUUCCGGUGUUCGAGAUGCCAUGUAAAGGUGUAGCGGUGAUGAGGCGACGUAAUGAUUCAUGGCUGAACGCAACCCAAAUUCUCAAAGUAGCAGGCUUCGAUAAACCUCAAAGAACGAGAGUACUUGAACGAGAGGUUCAAAAAGGCACACAUGAAAAGAUUCAGGGUGGUUACGGAAAAUAUCAGGGAACCUGGGUACCCUUCGAACGAGGUGUAGAGCUCGCGAAGCAAUAUGGUGUCGAUCACCUCUUAGCCCCUAUUACGGAUUAUCAACCUUCCGCGAACGAGUCACCGCCUUUAGCACCUAAACAUGUCACCGCCCCUUCAAGCCGAGCAAAGACCUCUAAAGCGGCAGCAGCAGCAGCGCGCGCAAAUGCGGCCACUCUUGGCUCCAAGUUGCCAGCGAUAGGUGGAAGCGGUAGGAAAACGAACAAUUCAAGGUCGAAUUUUGAUUCGGAUAGCGAUAGGAGCUUCAGUGUGACUCCUCUACGCGAUCCACCCGUAGGUACUGUUAAUUGGCAAGUCCCAAGCCAGCCGAACCGAUCUAUAAGCGCGACUUACAGUCAGACUAAGAUGAAUGUGAGCACACCUGAUGUUCCCCUCGAAGCAGAACAUCUCGGUGAACCGCAAGCUGCGGGAGCCAGUCGCAAUAAGGGCAAGGCGCGAGAGACCGAGGAGCAGUACGAAGAAAUCAACGUUCAACGUGGCAAGCGAAAAUACGAAGAUGAACCUGUAGCAGAAGAGGGUUACAACGAUGUUCUUGAUGACAGUUAUACCGACGAAAACGGGAACGAUCCUGCGUCAUCUAAAUACGCUAGAGCCAUCUUGGAUUACUUUGUCUCUGAGUCAGGGGAGAUACCCGAUUUCUUGAUCCACCCUCCCAAUGACUUUGAUCCGAAUGUGAUCAUUGAUGAUGAUGGACACACAGCCUUGCAUUGGGCUUGCGCUAUGGGUCGAACUAAGAUUGUGGAACUCUUGCUGGCUUGUGGAGCAGAAAUCUUUCGCGCGAAUCACGUUGGUCAAACGGCUCUCAUGCGCGCUGUGAUGUUCACCAACAACCACGAUCUCGGCAAAUUUCCUGAGCUCUUCGAGGUUUUGAAUCAGUCUACCAUCAACAUCGAUAGGAACGAUCGAACUGUGUUUCAUUAUGUAGUUGAUAUUGCUCUACAGAAAGGCAAAGUGCAUGCUGCCCGAUACUAUCUCGAGACGAUUCUCAACAGGCUGUCGGAAUACCCUAAAGAAUUGGCCGAUAUUUUGAACUUUCAAGAUGAGGAUGGAGAAACGGCCUUAACGCUGGCUGCAAGAUCAAGAAGCAAACGACUGGUCAAAAUCUUACUCGAUCAUGGUGCCAAUCCAAAAAUAGGAAAUCGUGAAGGGAAAACAGCGGAAGAUUAUAUCCUUGAAGACGAGAAAUUUCAGGGAGUGCCAAUGGCUCAAUACCUUACUAAUCCAAAUGGACUUGAGCUACAUUCCUCGGAUACACAGUCUAGCAUGCUUACAGGGAUGCCACCUCCUCCCUGUCCAGAUCCGUACAUCAUACCGGCUUUGAUUCCCGUAAUGGACGAAGCGAUGCCUCAGAUGGUCCAAAUGAUCGAAUCACUAGCAGCUAGCUUUGAUUCGACGCUAAACGAGAAAGAGCACGACUUGAACCAUGCCAAUGGCUUACUGAACGGGAUUCAAUCUGAAUUAGCGGAAGGUCAACAGAAGCUUACCAACUAUCAAGCUCUACUAGCUGACUUUAGCGAUAAGAGAUCCGAACAGGCUAGGCUGGAAGCUGAAUUGAAUGAAAAGAUGAGUAAACGGUAUCGGUUUGGGUGGGAGAAGUAUGUGAGAGAUGAGGAGGAACGAGAGAAGAUAUUUAAAGAGCAACAACAUUCGCUCACGCAACAGAUUCAAACAUCAGAACAACAGUCUGGCUCAGGCACCAAUAUCAACCUUCGUGAAUGUGAUCGAGUGCGAGCUAAUUUAAUGAGUUUACGUGAUGAACGGGCGGAACUUUUUCGAGAAUUUAUCAAUCUAUCAAGUGAAAAUGUUCCAAGUGAUGAGAGAGGUGAAGGAUCCGCAACUGCUAAUAGGCUGAACGAUUAUCGAAGACUGAUUAGCAUAGGAUGUGGAGGCAUUGGUUUAGAUGAAGUGGAUGAAGUGAUUGAGAGCCUGAGUGAAGGUAUAGAUUUUCCUGUUUCUGACUUACUGGCAAGCAACGUACCGGGCGAGCAAGUGGGUAGCGUUAGCUUGUCGUAGAUGGGACCCCCUCCAACGUCGAACAUCACCCUGAUCCGGAUUGGCAACAGCCUCGUACAGUUCAAUGAUACCAUACAUCCCACAGCUUCCAGUCUCUUUCAGAUACUUCACAUUGAACAUCCUUCGUGACUCGUCGGUUCGAGAAAUGUAGUUUUACCAUUUCAUCAAGCGGUCGGAUCCCUUUUCCAAGAUCACAUUGCCACUAAUAAAGACAUUAGACCUCAACUCUUUCUUAUCUUCAUUCACCAUAAUAGAGACAUUCUAGAUGUCAAACUGUUCAUGUAAACGUCGUUGCCAUUCUUUCUUUUUAUCAAUGUUAUUUAAGUGACCAAUCUGUGUUGUAUAUCAUCAUAUGUUGUUGUGAUUGUUAUGUACUUGGGGAAUAUAUAGAAAAGGAGAGAGAAAGG